AUGGCAAGCACUAAUAGCACAAGUCAACAUCAUUCACCACCAUGCUCGCCACAUACACAAUGCAAUAUCCCUAUUGGCCCCACUGAUAAAGCCAAACGAUGUAGAGACUCAGAUGAGGAUUCCAAAGAAACUUGUCUGAAAUUUGAACAACUGACCUGCGAAUCACUACCACAUUCGCCACCACAGACACCAUUGGGAUCAGUUUCCAAGAGCAAAGAUGACAUCUGUGAACUAUCGACCCACGUUGAUUUAUCAGACAAGCAAGAGAAUCUACAAGACAUUGAACGAAAACCAAAAAGGCGAUCAUCCGUAGAAUUAAACCUUAAAAACUUCACCUUGAUUCGAACACUGGGGACAGGCUCAUUUGGUAGAGUGCACCUAGCAAAGUCAAACAUGAACCAACGGUUUUAUGCAAUCAAGGUCUUGCGAAAAACGGAUAUUGUCAAAUUGAAGCAAGUCGAGCACACCAAGAACGAAAGAGCCAUCUUGUCAGCCGUCAAAUACACAUUUAUUGUCAAUUUAUGGGGAACCUUUCAAGAUGACGCCAAUCUAUACAUGGUCAUGGAUUACGUACCGGGUGGCGAGUUGUUCACAUUCAUGAGAAAGAGCAUUAGAUUGCAAGAAGAUGUUGCCAAGUUCUACGGGGCAGAAGUUUUACUGACAAUAGCUUAUCUUCAUUCGCAAGACGUAAUUUAUCGGGACCUGAAGCCAGAGAACAUACUGCUGGAUUCUGAGGGCCACAUCAAGAUCACUGACUUUGGUUUCGCAAAGGUAGUGCCUGACAUUACAUGGACAUUGUGUGGUACUCCUGAUUAUUUAGCACCCGAAAUUAUUCAAUCCAAGGGCUACGGAAAGCCUGUUGAUUAUUGGGCAUUAGGCGUGUUGAUAUUUGAAAUGUUGUCUGGUGUCGCACCAUUCUACGACGAUAAUCAAUUUAAAUUAUAUGAAAAAAUCGUAGCUUGCAAACCAGUUUAUCCGAAAUACUUUAGCGAACAAGUGAUUGACCUUUUAAAACACCUGCUAACUCCGGAUCUCAGUAGCCGCUAUGGUAACCUGAAAAAUGGUUGCCAGGAUGUGAUCCAACACCCCUGGUUCCAGUCCAUCGACUUUGACAAACUGGCACAACGUCAAGUCAAGGCUCCAUAUAUUCCAAAUGUCAAAGGCGAAGACGAUACAAGCAAUUUUGAUAUGUACGAUGAAGAAUCGACUCCUUACGGACUACCUGAACCCGAUCCAUAUCGCAAGUACUUUACUGAGUUCUAA